AUGUCGAACAACCAGGCGUACCUCAGCUCGGGGUACGACGACGAGAAGAACUUGGGCGGCCACAUCGAGGAGAAGGACUCGGCUUCGUACCAGUAUGGCGUUGAGGAGGUCGGCGCCCCUGUCGCCGCGCAGGAGGAGGAGACGCACCGCUCCCUGAAGCCGCGUCAGAUCAGUAUGAUUGCUAUCGGUGGAGCUAUUGGUACUGGUCUCCUGAUCGGAUCCGGCCCCUCGCUGAACCAGUCGGGCCCCGGAUCGCUGUUCAUUGCGUACUGCAUCAUGGGCGCCGUCUGUUUCUGUGUCCUGAUGUCCCUGGGUGAGAUGUCGGCGGCUUUCCCCUCCAAGCGUGGAUUCCCGGGCUUUGCGACUAGGACUAUUGACCCUGCGUUUGGCUUCGGGACCGCCCUCGUCUACCUCUGCAAGUACCUCAUUCUGUCUCCGAACCAGAUCGUCGCCGGCGCUCUCGUCAUCCGCUUCUGGAAUGACAAGAUCAACUCGGCCGCCUGGGUCACGAUCCUGAUCGCCUUCGUCGUCGCCAUGAACUUCCUCGGUAUCAAGUGGUUCGGUGAGGUCGAAUUCUGGCUCUCGUUCAUCAAGAUCUUGACCCUCUCCGGCCUGAUCAUCCUCGGUCUCGUCAUCGACCUCGGAGGCGGCCCCAACCACGACCGCAUCGGAUUCCGCUACUGGAAGGACGGCAAGGCCUUCGUCUCGUACCCGAAGAACGCUGGCCCCGGUGGUGCUGCCGGCCGCUUCCUCGGUGUCGUCAAGGCUCUCGUCGGUGCUCUCUUCGCGUACAUGGGAACCGAGCUCAUCGGUGUUACCGUCGGUGAGGCCAAGAACCCCCGCAAGACUGUCCCGGCCGCCAUCAAGAAGACCUUCUACCGUAUCCUGUUCUUCUACAUCAUUCUCAUCCUCCUUACCGGCAUGGUUGUCGACGGCCAGGGCCAGCUCCUCAAGACCGCUACCUCCGGCAACAACAAGACCACUGCGUCUGCCUCGCCCUUCGUCGUCGCCAUCCAGGAGGCUGGCAUCAAGGGUCUUCCCGGUCUCGUCAACGCCUGUCUCCUCAUCUUCACCUUCUCCGCCGCCAACUCGGACCAGUACAUCGCCUCGCGUACCCUCUAUGGCAUGGCCAAGGACGGUAACGCUCCCCGCAUCUUCACCUACUGCAACUCGCGCGGUGUCCCCAUGGUCUCUUUCGCCUUCACCGGCAUGUUCAUGCUCCUCGCCUACAUUUGUUCGUCUGCCGACGGUCUCUCCGUCUGGUCCUACUUCACCUCGGCCGUCACCAUCUGUGGUGCUCUUUCUUGGAUCUCGAUUCUCUCCUCCCACCUUGCCAUGAUGCGUGGUCUCAAGGCGCAGGGUAUCUCGCGCGACUCUCUCCCCUACAAGUCGCCCUUCCAGCCGUACGCUGCCAUCUUUGCCCUCUUCAUCACCGUCCUCAUCGCCAUCUUCAAGGGCUUUGACGCUUUCAUCGGUCCCACCUUCAAGUACAAGGACUUCAUCUGCCACUACAUUGCCGUCCCCGUGUACGUCUUUGGUUUCCUCAUCUACAAGUUCGUGCGCAAGACCAAGUUUGUCAAGCCGCACGAGAUGGACCUGCACACGGGCGCCCGCGAGUUCCAGGGUCUCGACGAGGACGACGAGGACGAGAUGCGCUACAAGUCCAUGUCCUUCAAGGACAAGGUCAUCUACCAGCUCAAGAACUGGUAA